CAAACGCCAUCUCGAUCUCUGUUUCGAUUCUUCGCUCCUUCGUCGAUAACGAUCCCAAUGGCGCCUAAGGCCGCGGAGAAGAAGCCCGCGGAGAAGAAGCCCGCCGCCUCCGACAAGCAGGCGGAGGAGAAGGAGAAGAAGACCGCUGCGGAGAAGGCGCCGGCGGAAAAGAAGCCUAAGGCCGGCAAGCGCCUCCCAUCCAAGGACGGCUCCGCUGCUGGCGUCGACAAGAAAAAGAAGAGGGCGAAGAAGGGGUCCGAGACCUACAAAAUCUACAUCUUCAAGGUGCUCAAGCAAGUUCAUCCGGACAUCGGGAUCUCCAGCAAGGCCAUGUCCAUCAUGAACUCCUUCAUCAAUGACAUCUUCGAGAAGCUCGCCCAGGAGGCAGCCCGCCUUGCUCGCUACAACAAGAAGCCGACCAUCACCUCCCGCGAGAUCCAGACCUCCGUCCGCCUGGUCCUUCCCGGUGAGCUCGCGAAGCAUGCCGUCUCUGAGGGUACCAAGGCCGUCACCAAGUUCACCAGUUCUUGAAUUGACCUACGUCAAAAUUGUUUCCUCAUUGAUCUCGUUAUCUAGGGUUUGUAAUAUAGUACUUUCUGAUUUUCUCCCCAAAGUUUCGUUGAAUUUACCCGCUAUUUUCCCAUGAAUUUUCUAAUCUUAAUUGUAAA